GUGGAUAGGGCAAAGAGUUACUGGAGUGUGACGCUGAGGUGCGGGAGUGAAGUGAAGGGCGGCGGCCACCACCAGGAAGGGAGAGUGUGGAGAGUGAGGCAAGGCGAAGCAAGACGAGGCAUGGUGCAGCCAGCGUCCAGGGGCGGCAGCGGUGGCGCCCUUCCUCUGCCCCGGCCGGUGCUCGUCUGGCGCCACAGGUGCCUGAAAAUCACCUGAGCGAUGCCAGUGCCACGCCGCGCUGCCAGACGCGCGCCUCUCCUCGCUGCCCCGCGCUGCCAAAGACAAUAUUGGUGUUGCAUGACAGUCCCCCGUGUAUCCUGCAGGGGCGGCCGUGUCCUGGCGGCGUGAACGGUGCCAGCACGAGGACAGAGGACGCCCCCUGCCGUAGUGCCUCGCUGUACGACACGCUGGGGCCGCGAGGGUAAAGUUCUGGUGCCGUGUGAGUACCAAUCAGUGUCACCCCGGCACGGCGGGAGAUAAAAGCAGCAGCGGCGGCCUGUGCUCACCACGCCGCCUCGCCACACAGGCCGCGCUGACGUGUGUCCCGCGCGAUCGUGUCCACAGUUCGCGCCGCGUCCCCGGUGUCGCCGCGAGUGUGUCCACCAAGAGGCGUCGCCAGCCACGAGUCGCGGCCCUGCCUAAGUGACGAGUUCAUUACCCUGAGGGCGGCGAACCACCGCGGGGCGUGCGGGAGUGCCGCGCCCCGAGCACCGCUGCCCUGACUCUGGACAACCAAACAAAAACUACCAUGAACACUAAUGGAAUAAAUUCAAUUAACGUUUAUCAAUGUAAUUAUUAAAACUGGUGGGAUUAAGGCACGUUAAUCCCCGCCCUCCCCAUUAGAUAAGUAAUCCCCGGGACUCCGCGGCGGGGGAUUACUGAGGCGGCGGGGGGAAUGCCGCCCCGGGGGAGGAUCGCACCGGGGGAGUGAGCCGCCGCCAGCCAGGCCUCCGAGCCCCUCAUGGCGCCAGCUUGCUCAUGGGCGUUGGUGUGGGCGUGGGCUGCAGUGCUGGCCCUCAACUCCCUGCGGGCGGACGGGUGGGGCGACAUCAAAGGAGAGCCCCGGGUGAGCAGUCAGUGGCCGGCGAGUCAGGUGAUCCGUGAAGGGGAAGUGGUGCGUCUUACCUGCCCAAUCACAGCCAAUCCUGAGCCCUUCUAUGAUUGGUUCAAGGAUGGCGAGGCGAUCAAGGCCACGUGGAACAGGUACGUGCCCAAGAAGCGGCUGCUCAAGAUCAAGAACAUCAAGAGCAGCGACGCGGGCCUCUACACCUGCGUGGGCGUCAAUGGGUUUGGCCGCGUCAACGCCUCCAUCACCCUCAUUGUGCUGGGGAAAGGAGAGGUGAUUGAGAACCUGACCAAGCCUGUUCUGACGGAGGUGUGGCCGCAGGAGCCCCAGCAGCGCCGCCCAGGGGAGUCCCUCACUUUCACAUGCCGCGCCAGAGGGUUCCCCAAGCCAGUGGUCACGUGGUACAAGGACGACAUAAUGCUGGUCAAGAGAGGGGAACAGAUCACCCUGCGGAGCGUCACACCUGCAGACACGGGGAGGUACACCUGUAAAGCCAACUCGGACUUCGGGGGCACAGCUGCUAAUUUUACCCUUUACGUGGGAGAGACCACGAUGGAACAGCACCUUCAGAUCAGCGAGGCGGUGAACACAACAGUAGUGGAAGGCGGCACCACUUCCCUCCAGUGCAGCGUCAGGACCUCCCAGCAGCCCAGGGUGGAGUGGCUGAAGGAACUCUCCGCGGAGGACACAAGGGAGGGACUGCGCCCCCUCAACUCCACGCGGCAGCUCGGGGGGCGCCUGUACCAGAUGGUGGAGGGCGCGGAGGGCGUGGUGGCGCGUGGGGAGGAUGAAUACCUCUCCAAACUGACCCUGAGCCGCGCCACUCCUGACGCGGCGGGAGUGUACGUGUGUCUGGCAGUCAACAACCUGGGCUUCUCCUUCAAGAAAGCCCAUCUCACCGUCCUUCGUAAGCCAAGCCAGGCACACACGCCAGUGGGGCAGAAGGAGCGAAGCAUCAACUGGCUCUUCCUUAUCAUACCUGCGGCGGUGGUGGUGGUGGUGGUGAUUGCUGUCAUCGUGUGUCAGUUACGGAAGUCCGCCCCUGACAAGCCCGUCGGUGUGACGCCGCCCACGCCUGUGCUGAAGGGCGACGACCCCUCCGCCCUCACGCCCCUCAACCAGCAGGACCAGCACGCCCACCCGCCCACGCUGCCACGCCCACCUGACCUCGUGUACCAGGAGGUGAGUGGCUACAGCGGCGGCAGCGUGCGGGGGCGGGGCCGGGGCACUACGACUACUCCAGCCCCUACCCCGAGUCGUACCUGGAUCCCGCCUACUCAGAUCCCUACCAGGCAGACCGCGGCCCCACCAGGAGCUCAGACCACGGCUACGCCCGCCUGCCCCACCCCUCCCUGGCCUCCCACACCUCCCACGCCUCCUCCAGCCCGCAGCUCCCCCCGCCUUACGUCCAUCCACACGCCCACGCACACACCC